UACUCUCUGUCUCUCUUUGGUCCAAGGCCGGGUGUGCUGCAGGGGUUGUGUAAGCGCUCUGGUUCAGGAGUGAGAUGGAGCUUGGACUGAGACUAGGGGAGGCGCCGGAGAAGCGGGGAAGGGGACUGGGGUUGAUGCUUGGGAUGCGACUGGUGGUUGGGCGUGGCGGAAAGGACGAGGAUGAGGAGCGAAGAGUGGAAGAAGAGGAAGAAGAGACGGAAGAGGGAAGGGGCUUGGCGGAGGCGCCGCUGCAGCUUAGCCUCCUUCCCCUCUUGCCUGUCCCUCCGCAGCAGCCUUCUUCCCCACAGCUCCGGUUACCAUGGACGACGGAGACCAAAAAUUUGGAUGCCUCGAUGCGGGGGUUCGAUAUGAAUCAUGCGCCAUCGGCAGUGGCGGCGGACGAAGCGGCGUCGUCGUCGUCAUCACCGAAGAGUAUUCCGUCCUCCUUCCAGAUGGACUUCUCUGCCCAAAGAGGCGGCGACGAGCCGGGUGGAGGAGGAGAAGCGACGACGGUGGAGAUUGGGUCGUUGAGGGUGAGCGACGAAGAGGAGAACGGGCUGGGGAGGAAGAAGCUCCGACUCACCAAGGAGCAGUCCGCCUUCCUCGAGGAGAGCUUCAAGGAGCACAACACCCUCAACCCGAAACAGAAGCUUGCUCUGGCCAAGCAGCUCAACCUGCGGCCACGACAGGUGGAGGUCUGGUUUCAGAACAGAAGAGCCAGGACAAAGCUGAAGCAGACGGAGGUGGACUGCGAGUACCUAAGGCGCUGCUGCCAGACGCUGACGGAGGAGAACCGCCGCCUCCAGAAGGAGGUAGCGGAGCUGCGGGCCCUCAAGACCUCCCGUCCUUUCUACAUGCACGUCCCAGCUACCACCCUCUCCAUGUGCCCCGCCUGCGAGCGCGUCGCUUCCACCACCACCAUCCCCACCGCUCCGGCUACGCCCAGCGCAGACCACCGGCCAAACUCCUUCGCCGCCCUCUUCUCGAAACCCGUAGCCCUGCAGUCGGGCUCCCGUACUGCUCCUUCGGCGCCUCGCCUGCCGUCGCCGGCCUCCUGAGGGCUGUGGCUGGCCAUUGAUAUCGUCCUUCUGGCAAAUCUUUUUGAGCUUGAAGGGAUUUUGUGGUUUCUCUUCAUUAUUUUUUUAGAGGAAGGAAAAUUGAUCUUAGUGACGAGUGUUGACAGAUUCUGCAUAAUCUUAAUUAGAUAUUGGUACAGUUUAAUCA